CGACGAGCGGGCCGGCCUGCCGCGCGGCAUUCCACGUCGUGCCACCAACGCAGCAACCCGCCAACUGCCAAGGUACUUCAGUCGACCAGCGCUCGUUCUUACAAAUACAAAAAUGUCCGUCUCGGAAUUCAGAAGGAAGAAGCUUCUCUACGUGUUCAACGUGUUUUUCGAUGUCAAUCAGAGCGGCACCAUCGAGAGGAAAGACUUCGAGCUGGCCAUUGAGAAAAUCUGCCACCUGCGAGGAUGGAAGCCUGGUGACAAGAAGAAUACUGAGACACACGAAAUCAUGAUCAAGAUCUGGGACGGACUGAGGAAGAGAGCUGACUCCAACAAGGAUGGACAGGUGUCUGUCGAGGAAUGGGUGUCGAUGUGGAACGACUACGCUCAGAACCCAAGCGCUGCUUUGAAGUGGCAGCAAUUGUAUUGCCAGUUCAUGUUCCAACUGGAAGACGCUAGUGCUGAUGGUACCAUCGACUGCGAUGAGUUCACCACCGUCUGCUCCUCCUACGGCAUCGACCCUCAGGAGUGCAAGAUGGCGUUCAGUAAGAUGGCUAAGGGCCGAAACAGCGUCUCCUGGGAAGAGUUCCAGGAACUUUGGAAGGAGUAUUUCUCCACUGAAGACCCGAACGCGGCCGGCAACUUUAUAUUCGGCCGAACUAGCUUCUAAACGACAACGUCGUGGAAAACUACAUUCCCUACUAUAUUUAAGUGUGGUAAACCGUGCUUUGGUUUCACAGAAACUUCUCGACUGCCAUCGUCAAGAAUUUUUGUCCCGAUUCGUAGUCAAUAAUAUCAAAGGGGGCAUCAUCGGUACUUUAAAUUUUCGAACGCCGGCUACAAGUCCGAAAUUAUUUGUGUACGUGUUCAUAUUGAAUUUCACUUCUCUAGCGGGUUUCGAAUUCACUUUUAAGCUCAAACUAGUACGAGUUCUUAGAUAACAACGAAAUUUAAUCUCAUAAUAGCAUAUCUUGUAGUCAUAUCUAUUGUAAUGUCCUUCGUAUGGGUCAUAUUCCAUUUUCAACUACGAUUUUUCUAUCUUUGAAAUUUUCGAGUCCGUACAGAUUAAUCUAUGAAAUUAAAGCUUCAUUCCAUCUUAAUUUAUAUACAUUAUUACAUUAUUGUAUAAUUUAUAGUGGUUACUAUUGAAUUGCUAAGGUUGUAUUACUAAGGUCCUAAGGUCAUCGCUUCUACUAUUUUACAGUUAAAAUGUUUUAUCGUUAUUUAUAAUUAUGUUAAUAUUAUAUGUAUUUUAUGCUGAUUAAAUCUAUGGAAAUUCAUCCUGUUAUGUCGCUAUACUAUAGAUAUAGAAAUUGAUUGAUUAAAUGUAUGUACAUAA